UGGAGUGGUGAUGUGGUAUAUGCAUAAGUGGGUAUAAAAUGGUUUCGGAGCCCGUUUUACAGUUUAAAAAUGUAUUUUAAAUAAAAGCGUCAGCGAUGCGUGUUGUAAAACAGUUGGGCCGUAAAGGGGCAUCUUGCCUUUAUUUGCUGCUGUCGGUGUCUUGUCUGUCACACGGCUUAAACAGGCAAGAUAUAUCUGUGCAUGCUAGAGCUGAAGACGAUACAAGGAAUGGUGUUCGUAUCGAUAAAGCUGGUGAUACGACAGGUGGUAAUCAAAGAGGUGAAGAGAGGGAUCCAGACAGAAAUCAAAAUGUGCAAGGAAAAGCGUCCCUGGAAGAGUCCAUCAGGCUGAAUGAAACAGAAACUGCUGGUAAUGAUUCAAUUCAUGCCACCACUGCUGUUGCCAAGACAACGACCCCAGUGCCUCCCACACCUCCAAAGCCCAUCCUGCCAGUGCAGACAGGGGUCCAGGCCCAGGAGGAAGAGCAGUCCAGUGGGAUGACCAUUUUUUUCAGCCUGCUUGUGAUUGGUAUUUGCAUCAUAUUGGUGCAUCUUCUUAUUAAGUAUAAACUGCAUUUCUUGCCAGAAAGUGUUGCAGUUGUUUCUCUUGGUAUCCUAAUGGGUGCUUUCAUAAAGAUUAUAGAAUUCCAAGAGCUGGCAAAUUGGAAGGAAGAGGAGAUGUUUCGACCAAACAUGUUCUUUCUUCUGUUACUGCCACCGAUUAUAUUUGAAUCAGGAUAUUCACUCCAUAAGGGGAACUUUUUUCAGAAUAUUGGCUCCAUCACCCUUUUUGCUGUGAUUGGCACAGCCAUAUCAGCCUUCAUUGUGGGAGGAGGCAUCUACUUCCUUGGACAGGCAGAUGUUAUUUACAAGAUGACAAUGACAGACAGCUUCGCUUUUGGUUCUCUUAUCUCUGCUGUGGAUCCGGUGGCAACCAUCGCAAUCUUCAACGCUCUGAACGUGGACCCAGUGCUCAAUAUGCUGGUGUUUGGAGAGAGCAUUCUGAAUGAUGCCGUUUCCAUUGUACUGACCAACACUGCCGAGGGCUUCGCUCGCUCAGAGAACGCCAACGUCACCGGCUGGCAGACCUUCCUGCAGGCCCUGGGCUACUUCCUCAAGAUGUUCUUCGGCUCCGCAGCGCUCGGCACCCUCACCGGCCUCAUCUCUGCUCUCUCAUUGAAGCACUUUGAUCUCAGGAAGACACCCUCUCUAGAAUUUGGGAUGAUGAUAAUCUUUGCCUACCUCCCUUAUGGACUUGCUGAGGGGAUCAAGCUGUCUGGGAUUAUGGCUAUACUGUUCUCCGGGAUUGUGAUGUCUCACUACACUCACCACAACCUGUCUCCAGUGACCCAGAUUCUCAUGCAGCAGACUCUGCGCACUGUGGCUUUCAUGUGUGAGACCUGUGUUUUUGCUUUUCUGGGAAUGUCCGUGUUCAGCUUCCCUCACAAGUUUGAAAUAUCCUUUGUCAUCUGGUGCAUAGUGCUGGUGUUGGUGGGUCGAGCUGUCAAUAUCUUCCCCCUGUCCUUCCUUCUCAACUUCUUCAGGGAUCAUAAGAUCACACCCAAAAUGAUGUUCAUCAUGUGGUUCAGUGGUCUGCGAGGGGCCAUCCCUUAUGCUCUGAGCCUCCAUCUGGGUCUGGAACCAAUUGAGAAACGGCAGCUCAUUGGCACCACCACCAUCAUCAUCGUGCUCUUCACCAUCCUGCUGCUAGGGGGAGGAACAAUGCCCCUCAUUCGCCUGAUCGACAUCGAAGACAGCCAGAGUCACCGCAAGAACAAGAAAGAUAUCAAUCUGAGCAAGACAGAAAAAAUGGGUAACACAAUUGAAUCCGAGCACCUGUCAGAGCUGACAGAGGAGGAGUAUGAGGCUCAGCUUGUCCAGAGGCAGGACCUGAAGGGUUUUAUGUGGCUGGAUGCUAGAUACCUGAACCCUUUCUUCACUCGCAGACUCACACAGGAGGACCUGCUUCAUGGCCGGAUCCAGAUGAAGACACUAACUAACAAGUGGUAUGAAGAGGUGAGACAGGGUCCAUCAGGGUCUGAAGAUGAGGACGACGAAACCGAACUGCUGUGAAGGAGCCCUGUCGGAGGCUGGGUCUUUUUCGCUGUGCUGAGCUACUGUGAAAUCCAUGUUCUAUGCACUCUGCACAAUUUACAAGUGAGAACCAUUCUUUGCAAAACAGCCUAAAGACGUUUACUCUUUCUGCAGAGUUUGUGCCCAAAGAACACAAGUGAAACAACAUUUUACAGAGCACCAAAAUGGUUAAUAUGGCAGAUUGGAAGAGAAUCCUUUUUAAAAUGGAUGCUUCUAAAAAGCAAUAUUUAUGCACUUUCUGGGAUCUAAAUCCUUUUUUAUUUAUUUUCUUAUUUAUCUUGUUCAAUCAUUAGCAGUCCUUGACAUUGAUAUGUCAGUGGAAAUACUGGUGGAGGAGGUUAGAAGGUUUAUUAGAAGGUCCUGUGUGCAAAUGAUUAUUUAUUGCUAUUACUUAUUGAUUACUUGUAAGGAAUAGAGAACAGGGUGUGUUUUCAUUGGAUAGUGCAGCUAUUUGAAUAAUGAAUGAAUAAUACAGAGUUAAUUUGGAAUUGUAGGAAGGAGCAAGGAGUUUGUUUGAAGUGUGCAUGCACUCGCUGAGGAUCUCUGCAUCGCUGUAUAUUCAGUGUGGUUGAGCUGCUGUUACCUGUUAUUCUGGUCAUAAUAACCUGAGGUUAUAAUUAAAAUGUUAGAAUUUUUGUAGGAUAGUUUGAUUUUUCUUGACCACAGAAAGUGACUUUAAUUUAGUACUGACAGUAUGGAAGGUCAGGUUCUCUUCAAGCAUCAGUAGUUUUUUAAUAGGGGACAGGUCAGAAAGCCUGCAAUUACAUUUUGUCUUCACUAGAUGGAUCCGUUUUUCCACCUGUCCCCCUCAAACCCCCUGUCCUGACUGCAGGAAAACACUGAUACGAUUAAAUAAAAGGGCUCUUAAAAAACCUGAACUUAAACUAUGAAAACUAUAUAAACUAUGAUUGAAAUGCAGGCAGAGAAAAAUAUGUGUCAAUUUCAAUAGAGUAAUGACGCUUAAUCUUAGAUUUUAUUGCUUUCCAGAUACAUGUUACAGAAGCAUCUUAAUCUUUACUCUUGUAUGAUCUUAUGGGGGGGGGGGGGACUUUUAUGAGCCUUGACCUAUAAGCCUUGGAUUUCUCUGUUUAAGUAAUAUUUUUGGACUUGAGUGCUGAGCUCAAGAUUAUUAAGAAUGCUUUCAUUAAGUGCAUUAUUCUAGAAGGGUUAAUUACUUGAUUUUAGCUUCCACUGCAGGGACGUUAUAUACUUACUUUAAGCAGAUUUGUGGAGAGAACUACCAAAUAGAUUCAUACAUUUCCACCCACGUCCUGUGUUUGUAUACAACCAGCCCAGAAUUAUUUCUGCUUUCUGUUGCUUACUGCUAUACAAAAAAGGACUUACAGUAAUUCACUUGUAGUACUGCAUGAGCUCUAUUUGAUGUCCCUGUUUUUCAUGUAAGAAGUUUCUGCAGGUAUUUCAACACAUUAGGCGCAGAUUGGCUGUUGGAGUUUAAAAGCAUGUUCUUGAAAGUGAAUGCAGCUACAGUAUCAAACCUUUCAGAUGUCCCACUUCGGUAUUUCCAUCACACAGUCUUGUGGUAAGAAGGAAGGCAACACUGUGUAAUGGAGCAGGGUCUAGUGGGACAACUUUAUUUUGUUUCAGCAACAGUGGUGUCAGGCUUCCCCACUGGUAAUGACUUAAUUUCUUUUCAGGGUGCUUAAAGGAUUGAAGGUUGUCACAACAGCCUUGUUGUCAAUGCUAUAAAUGGCGCACUAACAACUUCCUUGAGAUGAAUUAACUUUUACAUUUUGUAAAUUGACACUCGAGCAAUGGGGAUCACACCUAAAUUCAGUGAAGUCCAAUGUUGGGGAAAAUGUGAAAAAAUCAGCUGUGAAAUUGUCCCAAGAAUGAAUGUAAUGCUUGUUAAGUUGUGGAUGUAAACUUAUUUCUUCUUUCUGGGGGGAGGGUGAGUGAAAUUUUUAAAAUUAGUAAGGCAAUCAAUUUUUAAAUGUAAGAUUUUUGUAACAUAUUUUAUUUGUAUCUCAGUUGUCCUUCUAGCUGCACAGAGACAGUUUCAUUUAGAAUGUUUGCCAGUUGUUUUGAUUAAUAUUACCUUUAUACAGCUAUGUACUAGAAUUAAAAUUAAUAUUGAUAUCCCAUGUGUAUAAAAUAGAAAUUCACACACUUGUAUUCUGGUCUGCUGCUGAAAAAAAUUGGGUUUGAUAAUGUGACAAAUUAGAGUGCUGUCCAACUGUGUUAACUUCGAGUCCACUUUCUUUUGCAGAUUAUGGUGGCUGGAAAUUCCACUAAUUUGUUAAUUAAUAAUAUUCAGACAGUUUAAGAAAAUUGCAUUGUUCUGACAAUUUUAAAAUGAAUCCUGAUUGUAACUUUUUUUUAUUCAUAAUUGAUAGGUUCUUUUUUUUGAAUGAAUGUAAUACUACAAGUAAACACUGAAUUAUCAGACAAAUAGCUGUGUUUUUUAGUAGGUUUCCUUUCCUUUCCUCAUCAGCACAAAAGGGGUUUUCUGAAUUUGAUAUUGUUUUGUUAUCUGCUGUUUUUUUUAAAUCAGACAGGAUCUCUGUGUAACAUUUAUCGCAAACAUGAAGGUGGUUAAGGCCUGUUGUAAGGACCUAUGGAAUGGUGCAGGGAACAACACCUAGACAUUUAGCUAGACCUAGACAUGUUUUUAAUUAAAUGUUUAUAAAACAGUAUGCUAAAUAUUAAAAUAAUAUUAAUAAUAAAUAAGGUAAUAAAAUAAAUACACCUGCAUAGUUUACACUGCAACAUAUAAUGUAUAUAAAUUAUUGAUGUCAUAAAUGCUUGCAGAGGAAGUAAAACCAAUUAAACUAGAAGUGUUUUGAAAUGAAACAAUAUGAAUAAAAUGCUGAAGGAAAACCUGAACAAAAUGACUGUGUUGGUGAAAGUGUUUCAUUAAAGAAAACUCAUUAAAGAAAACUCAUUACAGUAUAUAGUUUAGACUUGUACUGUCUCCACUGCAACUUACAGUAUGUGACCAUAAGUCAUUUUUUGAAAAUUAUACAGAUUAUUAUUGGUCUUUUUUUGUUUGU